AUGCCCACGAUCUUUGGCUCCGUCUUGCUUGUUGCCUUGGCGGCUGGCGCACUUGCUUCCCCUGUCGCCGAGCCUGCCAUCACCGAGGCCCCAAGCUUAGCCAAGAGAGCUACUUCUUGUACCUUCUCCGGCUCUACCGGUGCCUCCAAAGCGAGUGCAUCUCAGAAGUCCUGCUCCACAAUCAUUCUGUCGAGUGUUGCUGUGCCGUCUGGAACGACACUGGAUCUCAGCGACUUGGAAGAUGACACCACGGCAAGUUUUAUCCAGUCACCCGUAAUUUUCGAAGGCGAAACCACCUGGGGGUAUGAGGAGUGGGAUGGCCCACUCCUCCAAAUCUCAGGCAGCUCAAUUACCGUUAAAGGUGCCAGCGGCGCCAAACUCAAUCCCGAUGGAGCGCGGUGGUGGGAUGGUGAAGGGAGCAAUGGGGGGAAGACGAAGCCGAAGUUUUUCUAUGCUCACGAUCUCACCUCGUCGACCAUCACGGACCUCUACAUCGAGAACACCCCAGUUCAGGCAGUUAGCAUCAACGGCUGCGAUGGGCUCACAAUCACGGAUAUGACCAUCAACAACGAGGCGGGUGACGAUGAGGGCGGACACAAUACCGACGGUUUCGAUAUCGGGAGCAGCACGAAUGUGGUUAUCACGGGUGCCACGGUUUAUAACCAGGACGAUUGUGUUGCAGUUAACUCUGGAACUGAUAUCACCUUCAGCGGCGGUGUUUGCUCUGGUGGCCACGGACUAUCUAUUGGUAGCGUUGGUGGUCGGAGCGAUAACACGGUGGAGACGGUUACAUUCAAGGACUCUGAAGUGAAGGACUCGGUCAAUGGUAUCCGCAUCAAGGCUUCCGCCGGCGACAUCGGCGAAAUCACAGGUGUGACCUAUUCCGGAAUCACCCUGUCCUCUAUUUCAAAGUACGGUAUCCUGAUCGAGCAAAACUAUGAUGGCGGGGAUCUCAAGGGAGAUCCUACUAGCGGCAUUCCCAUUACAGACUUGACUGUUGAAAAUAUCUCUGGAGCUGAUGCCGUUGCUUCAAGCGGAUAUGAUGUGGUUAUUGUUUGUGGAUCCGGUGCCUGCUCCAACUGGACUUGGUCGGACGUCGAUGUUACCGGCGGAUCGAAAUACAGUGGCUGCGAGAAUGUUCCCAGCGUUACCAGCUGCUCCUGA